AUGGCGAGUUUAAAUGAUUAUAGAACUGUUAAACGUGAUAAUAAUCAUCAAGAUAAUCGUGAUUCUUCUUCUUCAACUAAUGCAAAGUUCGAUGUUUCUUCUAAGAAUCCAAUUCAUAUUCUUUUUCCUUUACCAAAAAAUGAAGGUAAACCAGAAGAGAAUCCAUUUGGCAUAACGAUUUCACUUGCUGAACCAAUUAUCGAUAUCGCUUUCGAUGAAGUCUAUCAGCGUUCGCUGGUACCAAAAUAUUCGCUAAUUCGGCAUAUACGUGAUACAAAUUUAUCGGAUGCUAUUGGUCCAAAUGUUGCGAUUGCUCAACUCGUUCGUGGUGAAUUAGAUUGCAUUAUUGGUUAUGCUUUUGUUUAUGCAUUAGCACCAGUUGCGAGAAUGUCACCAUACUGGGGUCAAGGAAUACCGGUGAUAACAUCGAUUGGCUUAACAUCGAACUUAGAUGAUCGUAAAGAAUAUGCGCUUCUCACUCGCAUCACAAGCCCAUAUAAAGUGGUUACAGACGCAAUUAUAAAAGUAUUUGAUCAGAUGAACUGGCUCAAAGUUACCUAUUUAUUUAAUGAACAACGACAUGGAAGCAGUAACGCGGGGAUCCCAUAUGGCGAGUGUUAUCUCUUAAUGGCAUCUUUGCAGCGAAUCCAGUACAAGCGUAACAAAAUGGAACACAAUUAUUUCAUGUUUAAUGAGAAAAAGUACGAUUCGAAGCAGAUUUUAGUGCAUUUGAUGAAAGCUAGCGAAAUAAGUAAUGCCUUAGCUAAGUAUCUUCUUUGA